AGACACCCAAACCAUGGACCGCAGCCGCAAGCGCAAACUGCCCGAUGCCGCGUCGCCCAAAGUCGAGGGUAGCGCAAGCAAGCGCCAAAAGACCAAGCUGCGCAAGCACAAGCACAAGCACCGUCAUGCUGCCCGGCCGCUACCACUGCCUGCGACCGUCGACAACGCGAACGCUUGGACUUUCCGCUGGACCACCGAGACCACCAAGGCUGACAACUCGCUCCUCCAGGAACACGAGACUCCACAGACAACAAGCACCAUCGGCCUGCAGUUCAUCGACCACCUCAAGUCGGCCAAAGACAAGACUGGCCGCUUGAUCGCCGACCUGUUCAUCGACCUGCCCAGCAAGGUAGCCUCACUUGGACUUCCUGAUUCCAAGACAUACGCUGACACGCGCACUGCAGNNAGAGAGCUGCCCGACUACUAUCGCACAAUCAAACUCCCUAUCGCCAUCCAGACCGUCCAGGACAAACUCGAGCGCCAUGAAUACCCCACCCUCAGCUCCGUCGAGAGCGACAUCAAGCGCAUGGUCGCCAACGCAAAGCAGUACAACGACGACAAGUCAACCGUCUACCAAGAUGCCGAGCGCAUUCGCAAGGCCCUAUCCAACUUCAUGACCAAGCACAACCCCGCCUACAAGGACCCCAACUACGUCGCCAUACCCACUCCCAUCCUCGGCCACGACGACGAUGCCACUGCUUCGUCUGCCCCUCCGACCCGUGAACCCAGCGAGCAACCCAAGAAGAUCACAAUCUCCCUCAAGGCCAGCCGCGACCGCAAGUCCUCUGCUGCUCCGCCCGCCGCCUCGAGCCCUGCUGUCGUCGCAGACGACUCGGACCCGGCAGACUUUACUGGAAAGACCUUCCAACAAGCCCAAGAGCACAUCAUCAACGGCCUGAUCAGCUAUACCGAUCAAGNNGGCAAGAUCGAGAUCUUCCAGCCCUUCGUCACCCUACCGCCUCGAACCUUGACCGACUACUACAACAUCAUCAAGAAGCCCAUGUCGCUCACCGCCGUGCGUAAGAGAGUGCGAGGACAACAUGGCCGUGGACCAGCAACAUCGCAAACCGACUUCAAGACGUGGGAUGCUUUCGAAGAGGAGGUCUCAUACAUCUGGCGUAAUGCAAGGGACUACAACGAGGACGGAAGCGACAUCUUCAACUUGUCAGUGGAGCUCGAGGACCUCUUCAAGGAACGUCUGGCCACUGCAAAGACUCAAGUCGACGAGCCUACACAACCAAAGAUCAAGCUCAGCGCUCCGAGACCAAAGCCCGUACUACAUCUUGGUGCACGAGGAUCGCCAGGCCCAAGAGGUACUCCCGCCGGAGACAAAAGGGAGGAACCGGUCGCCAAUGGGACACCGGCCGCUGUACAUACGAGACCCGGAAGCACCGCUGCACCGUCACGAUCAACCUCGCAGGUACCGAUGACGGCAAAGGCAACAAGUGGCACAGCAUCAAGCCCCGUCGCAACAGCGACAGCGGUCAAGACGGAGAAACCUGUCGCUGCUUCUCCCUCGCUCGCUUCGGUCCGCCCGCAAAGCAUUGCUCCAGACGCCAAACAGAGCCCGAGACCAGGCACAGCCAACUCGAUGCUCCCACCACCCUCUGUCCGUGGCAUCAGCGGCAGUCCGCAUCCUUCCAUGUUGCCCUACGUCCCUCACGUUCCACAAUACGUGCCGCCGCCGCCGCCCACCUUCAGCGACAAGUACGCUCGCUCGAAGCCCGUCUCUGAGGCUCUCUUGCCGAGUCUUGCCAUUACAACACAUCCCCAGCUCGGCCAACCCAAACCCUUCCGCCUCGAUAUUCCUGCAUCCAAGCAGUACACCCAGCAGUCUCUCACCAUGUCCAUUCCUGGCGCCCAUUACUACGUCAGCAUAAUUCCAACCGUCUCGCAGCGUCUCUUGAUGCAACGACAAUACAAAUUGUUCGUCACUGUCAAUGGUGUUCGUCUUAUGGGCACUACGCGCGACUUCGUGGUUGGAGGAAGCGCUGAAAGAAAGCAAGUCUACGACACAGCUCUCAAUGCUGGUGUCAACAGGAUCGAGGUUGAAGUCGUCGCCGUCUCUAACAGAAGUGGCGCUCUCGAGGUGGAAAAGUUGCUAGUGUUUGCCAACCUAUUGAAG